AUGUCUGACAAAACAGAUAUGGCUGAAAUUCAGAUAUUCAAUAAGUCUAAAUUGAAGAAGACAGAAACACAAGAGAAAAACCUUCUGCCUUCAAAAGAAACAAUUGAACAGGAGAAUCAAGCGGUUACAUCGUAA